AUGUCAGCCGCUCCCAUGGACGUCGAAGAACAACGACCCCCUGGCAUUCUAGUCUACGAAUUCAGAAUCUAUCCUCGUCCUCUCCGUGUCCGAAAUGAUGUAGAUGAGAAGUGGGCUUCCAGGUGCACUAUCUACACCCUCACGAUUCUUUGCUUGUUCAUGGUCUUCUUCAACCUCGCCUCCUACUAUCAAGACAAGCGCGAUCAUAACAUCAACAACGAAGACAGCUUGCUGGAUGACCGGUGCUCAAACCAGCACGACACGGCGCUCGGCUUGGCUUGCAUCCUGGGCCUGCUGGGAGCCGACCAUUGGUAUGCUCGUCAUUGGCUGCUUGCCGUCCUCAAGUCGAUAAUCCGUAACCUCGUGACGUAUUUGCAGUACAGGAUGUUUUGUCAACCUCAGGAAAAGGGUGCCGAUGCUCCGAUCACCGCCGAAGCUCCAGAUGACUGCCACGAGCAUGACUGCCACGAACAGCCGACUGAAGCUUCGGAAGACCCUCAAGGACAUUCAACCACCGACGUGCCCGACGAGACUUGCCCAGUUCCUGAGCUUCCCGCAGCUGCACGGUCCCGUCCGCCCUCCUACCGCUCCGUCAGCCCACCUCGCUACAGCCACACGGCUACUCAACCCGUGGUCACUCCGCUCGCAGUUGAGCCCAUCGCCGAGGAAGACAUCGAGGAGCAGCCCCCCACCGCCAGCGAUGGCAAUGCCAGCACCAAGCAGGACCGCCGCCGCUGCCGGUUCCGAAUCAGCAGCGGGUGUCGGGGCUGCGUGUCCUGGCUAUGCAGCUCGGAGUUCUGGUUCCCGUUCUGCUUCAUCGUGUGGGGACUCGCCUUAGUAGCGCUCUUCGCCUGCGCCAUCGGUCUCAGCAUCCAGCGGGAUCAGGAUGAGAGCCUGGAGCCCCACGACCAGUGCUACAAGAAGCAGGAGAUCGCCGGCUACCUCGCCGGGUUUCUGGGCUUGAUCGGCGGCGUCGACCAGUGGUAUGCCCAUCACUGGGCCCUGGCCGUCUUCAAAUCGAGCUGGGUGAUUUUGGUGCUGGUCAGGAUUUUCUUGGCUUCUUUCGUCGAGUUCGAUCCCCCCCUCAACCUCAAGGACCUGGACAUGGCCUGUUUCCUUGCGUUUGUUGUGACCUCGGUCUGGUGGCCGGUCGAUACGGUGCUUUGGUUGAAGGGGGUCUAUAGUGUUCCCGGUUGUGAGGGUGAGGGUGGCUUCUAG